GGGGUUGUCUCUUUGAUGACGGUCUCUAGAAGAGAGUUGCGGAGGACGCACGGCGUGGUGGGCGUAAGCGUCACGCAGCCACGCUCUCUCUCUCUCCUUCAGGCCCCGCCCCCGCCGCCUCACGUGACUUCCCGGUUCCGGAAGAGGAUGGCGGCGGCGGCGGGUCGGCCUCUACUGUCGCGGCUCCUUCUCUUCGUCUUCGGGGCCGCCUCGCUGGAACUAGCCGCGGGGGCCGCCUCGGAGCCCGGCCGGUGGAGCGUCGUGGCCGAAGGCAACCGGACAGAGAAUGUCUUCAUCUUCUCCAAGACCAUGUUCAGCGGCACUUGGAUCAUCCUCAAAUUUCUGCACGAACGCUGCUACAACAACUCCGAAAUCCUCAACAUCACGGGGUACCUCCGCAGUUCGCGAUGCCACAACGAGGUGUACAUCAAUGAAAACGAAGCCAUUUCCUACCUGAGGAAUUACGAGGAGGCAGCCAGUGCGGCUGGGGACGGGCAAUACGUUUUGCAGAACGUCCAGAUUCGCUGCGGCCACCUCCACGAGCUGCAUUUCCAAGAACCCCCAAAACCCCAGAAGCUGCGGCCUUUGCCAGGACAACCUCCUGCUCCCAGUUUGCCACAGCCCGGAAUGCAAAAGCGGGAUGCUCCCAAACCCCCCGAUGAGAAAAAAGAGGAGAAGAAGGAGUCGGGAAGCAGCCAAGACCCCAAAGGAGGUCAGAAAGCCACUGCGAAGGGCAAGGCGGGGACGCCCUCUGCUCCCACCGAUGGUGAAGAUGACAAGAAGAAGCCGGAUGCACAGAAACCCCAGUGGGAGCAUUCGGCCAUUGCUGCCACUUGGGACGACGGUCCCUACGUCUUCAUCCUCAGCAUCAAGAGUCAGUCUUCCAGCUGGGAAGUCCCUAUCGAUGUCCAGAUGAAGCAUCCUGACCACCAGUACAUUUCGGCUUCCGAGUGGCCUCUGAUGGUGUUCUACAUGGUGAUGUGCAUCGUGUACGUCCUCUACGGGGUCCUGUGGCUCGUCCUCUUGGCCUGCUAUUGGCGCGACAUUCUGCGCAUCCAGUUCUGGAUCGGGGGCGUCAUCCUGCUGGGCAUGCUGGAGAAGGCCGUCUUUUAUGCCGAGUUCCAGAGCAUCCAGAGCCAAGGCGUCUCUGUUCAAGGGGCCGUGAUAUUCGCCGAGGUCUUGUGUGCCGUGAAGCGGAUGUUGGCCCGAGUGCUUGUCAUCAUCGCCAGCCUGGGAUACGGCAUUGUCAAACCCCGUUUGGGAGCCCUCUUGAACCGCGUCGUGGGCGUGGGGCUCAUGUACCUCAUCUUCUCCAUUAUCGAAGGGGUCCUGCGGGUGAAAUCGGAGCAAACAAACGUAGCCACCCUCGGCUGUGAGAUUUUCCUGGCCUUUGUGGAUUCCUGUAUCGUCUGGUGGAUCCUCAUCAGCCUGGUCCAGACCAUGAAGCUGCUGAAAUUGCGCCGAAACCUGGUCAAGCUCUCCCUCUACCGCCAUUUCACCAACACGCUCAUCUUCGCCGUCAUCGCAUCGGUGAUCUUCAUUAUCUGGACCACAAAGACAUUCCGGCUUGCCACGUGUCAGUCUGACUGGCGAGAACUUUGGAUCGAUGAUGCUUUUUGGAGGUUCCUCUUUUCCAUCAUUCUGUUGGUCAUCAUGUUCUUAUGGAGACCUUCUGCCAACAACCAAAGAUAUGCCUUUAUGCCCUUGGUGGAUGAAGGGAGCGAACAAGAGGACGAGGACGAAGAGCAGAUGGUAAAUGAGGCCUAUGAAGGGAUGAAGAUGCGGGGAGGAAAACCCGAAGCCAAUGGGAUCCUCAAAGGCAGCAGGGUGGAUGAAGACUUGAAAUGGGUGGAAGAAAACAUUCCCUCCUCUAUGGCCGACGUAGUGCUGCCGCCUUUGCUAGACUCUGAUGAGGAAAUUGUGACCACCAAAUUCGAAAUGUCCAAGAUGGAAUGAAACAUCCCAGCCCCAGUCGCUCUGCCGCCGGCUCUUCCUGAUGGGUUUUUUUUGUACGGAUGAAGAUGGCCAUCUCCUUUUUUCAUUCUUCUUCUUCACCACAUGCAUAUAUAUAUAUAUAUUUGUAUAUGGUUAAAGGAUUAUUUUAUUACUUUUUUUGCCUUUCUAACUCUAGCGUUUUCCCCGGGCCAGGACCUCUCUCUGCCUUGGGGCGAAAGAGAGGAGGAUUUUGGGACAAAUCAUAUUGGAGAAGAGGAUUUGCGGGACGAUGCGACUGACGUUUAUUUUGGUUUUUUCCGUUCUCUUUGCUUCUCUUCAUUUCCAAUGAAGACAACGCAGAGGCUGCUUGCACAGUCCUUCGGUUGGGAUUUGCUUUGGGAUUCCUACAAUCGUCGGACUCGUCGCAAAUAUAUAAAAAGCGGAAGGAGCACGUGUACAUAUCUAAAAGAGACGAGAUGAGACUUUCCAUGCCCGUUUUCCCCCUAGAUCACACUGUCGAUCCAACAUGAGUGUGCAUGUUAUAAUUUUCCACAAAUGAGUUGUAUUUUCGAGCGGGAAAAAAGGUUUGGGGUCGGGCGCGGAAGAUACGUUUGGGAGCGGAUUGUGUGGUCCGAUUCUUUGCGGAAAGAUAUUUCCUUGGUCAUGGAGAAGAGAGAUGGUAGAAAAAGGGAGUGAAUGGGAAAGAUAGAAAGUGCUAGGGUUGAAAAUCCUACAGAGUGAAAUGGGAUCUAAAUGCUCGUUCUUGAAUGGUUAAGAUUGGUUUGAAACUUGCUUCUUGGGCGUCCUUUGGUUCCUAGGAUGUCCCAAAAGCCUCCGAUUAAGGAAUGCAGGGUUGUUAUUUCAGAAAAGCCAACCUCUGUGCCAAAAAUACAUGUGCCGAGUGUC